AUGGACAAAAUCAAUAUGCUGUCUUUGUUUUUAAUUUGUUGUCUAUUUGGUGCCGCAUACGGUUACAAGACAAACUCGAAACCAAGCGGUCAGAAGGAUAUACCCGACACGUGGUGCAUUGCCAAACCAAAUGCUCCUCAAGACAAGUUGCAAGGCUUUAUAAACUACGCUUGUGGAGAAGUUGACUGUGGGGUCGUUCAACCGGGCGGUCAAUGUUACGAUCCCAACACUGUGUUGAGUCAUGCAAGUUAUGUUCUGGAUCUGAUCUACAUCUAUCGAAAAUCAUGCAAUCCGGAUAUUGGCAUAAUUACAACAGUUGAUCCUUCAUACGGAGAUUGCAAGUAUCCAUGA